UAGCUUGGUGGUUGCAAGCUAUACUUUUGUAGCUAAAUAAAUUUGUAAUUUUUGUCUCAAUAUUUUUAAUUAUUUGUUUGUGUUACAGCCAAAAAUUGUUCCACAUUUAUUUGAAUAGAAAGCUUGCAAAUGUGUUUUCAGUAAAGAAUAUUAUUCUCAAGAAGCUAGACAAUGGCCUAGUCCAAAGAGCUCAAUAUACAAAAAGAAAAUAAUAGAAAACGAUACCGGAAUAAUAGAAAAGUGAAAGUGUGAAAUGAAAAUCAACUACCAAUUCGAGAAGAUUGAAAAGAAUGAAAGCGGAGGAAAUCGAAAUAAAUUAUAAAUAGUGGACAUCGCUUUCAAUAAAGACAAAUAACUUUAUUCAAUAGCAGAAUGGAUGCAAAUCGUAUGAAUAGUGAGACCCAAAAAGGAGAAGGCAAACACAAUAUCCGUCGUGCGCGUCCAAUAAAGAGGAAAACUAUAAAUAACAGGAGAGGGAAAGAUGAUCUGAAAAACGAAAAACGCCUUAAGUGUUUUCCAGAAAAAGGUCCACAGAAUUUACGAGAAUGCUUUGUACGUCUGAAAAGGGUUAAAUUUGAAAUAAUCAAUGAAAAUGACCAGCAAAGCUUAGUAAUACCUAAAAAUAUCUCAGAAAUGAGACCACGUCGAAGUAUCACGAGAAGGGAAAUUCAUAAAGUUAAGCCAACUAGGUCGGGCAAAACCGGGAAUAGAGGGCAUUUGAGAGAUUUACCAAAUAUUACGGAAUUGAUAUCCGCGCCUUUACAAGUUACGCAUAGCGGCACUAAAGUGGACGAGAAUCGUAUUAACAGUAAACCCCAAGAAAACAUGCACAAACGCAAAGUGACAAAUCCGAUAAUCUUGAAAAAAUGCCUUAUACGACUUAAAAGAUUAAGUGCCGAAAUGAUUUACAAAAGCAGCCCACAAAGGGCAGUCACAUCUAACAAUAUUCCAGAAACAAUGCUACAGCAAAAUAACCUCGAAAAAAAUAUUUGUAAAAUGAAGUCAAGCACUGGCAAAGGUGGUAACAAAGAAGGCCGACAUCGAAAACCGUUUAUUAAGGUCACAAUUGCAGGGAAAUCGAAAACAGCUACUAGCAAAGGAAACGAAGAAGAUGGCUUCAUAAACGCCGUUGGAAACUCGAAAAAAUGUUUUGUACGUCUUAAAAGAAUAAAAUUCGAAAGGGAUAACAACAUAAGUACAUUAACAACCCACAAGCAAAAAGGCGAAGUAACUUUUAAUAAUAUUCGAGCAACAAAAUCGAUGAUAAUAUCAACCCCUUUACCUUUCCCUGCAUUGAACGAAGAAAAACGUAAAAAUCUAGCAAAGUUGAGUUUAAAUUUUACAUAUCCUAGCCCUAAGAAGAAAACAUCGAUACAAGCUGCCAAAACUACGGACUUGGAAUUUUCGCGAUUUCACCCAAUACAAGAUUCAACAAUUUGUUUUGAACCCAUCCGAAAUUCUACGUCUUUAGAAUCACGCUUGGCAACCAAACGUGGAAAAACACACGGCCGCUGCGAGUUAAAACCGAUUAUGGAAGAUUCAGUCCUGGGGAAAACAAGUAAUGAACGUUCAGGAUUUGAAACUUUAAGAAAUUCUGUAAGUGAAUCCGAAGACGCCGAGCAAUUGCCCAGUUUAAGAGAAGCUGACCGAAAUGAAAUAUCCGGAAUAUCUAAUAAAAAUAAUAAAAAUUCCAAUGAAACGUGCAAUCCGGAGAAGACUAACAAAUUCUUCCACCGUUCUUUAAAAGGAUCUGAUAAGGCCACCGCUGACCGUAACAAGGAUGCACUAAAAAAGAUAGGAAAGCGGAAGUCGUCAACUCAUGUUUACGACUUCUUCACUCUGUCUCAAACUAAUGACUCGCCUAAACCUGUAGAUCCUGCGCAAGAUAUAAUUGAAAAGCUUAUUGCCGAAGGUAAGGUACAGGUGGCGACUAAUUGGAAAGGCAAAGGCAGACCGAUUAUGAAACGUGCACGGCCGGCAAAGCCAAUUAAAAAAAAAAGGGUGAAUAAGGCGCAGAAACUAAAGAAGGCAAAUGUAGCAAAAAACGGUCUAAAUAAUAAUGGACAAGAAGCUGAUGAUAAUAUUGAACAAUUUAUUGGCAAUUAUGAAAGUGAACCGUUGAGUAAUCAGCCCACGAAAAAUACACAAAAUCAACGAAAUAAUCAAUCGUACGAACGUUCGUGCGACCGUAGUUCAUUAAAAGAAGGAACGUUUAGUCAGUUAGCAAAGUCAGUUCUGUUGAAACAAACGAGUAACUCGCCUUUGGAAAACGACAAACGUCGGCAGUUAUUACAGGCUGUCAAGAAUAUUGUAAGCACACCUAAAGCUUCGAAUACGUCUUCCGCCAAUUGCGCCAUAAACGAGGAUUUGUCACCUAUUGCUUUCCCAAGCAAUGCAAGGAAAUCUUUAAUUCGGCCAGUCCGAAAUUCACCUUGGCGUGUGGAUGAGAAUGCUCACCUGCCGACUGUUUUCAAUUUUAGUCGUAAUUCUGAUAAUUUACCAUCGUUUUCCAGCGAUGUCGUCAUACCAUUAACACCAAGAAAGAAUAUCUCCAAGCAUUAUUAUCAUAGUCGCUCAGUAAACAAUUCUCUGCGGAAUUCUUAUGUUGCAAAUGUUGGGCCUGAAGUUGAAAACUCGAUGCCUUCGUUUUCGUCAAACGAUUCAAAUGCUGAAAACAUACCACCACCAAAAAAUACAAAAGCAACAAAAAUUAUAAAUGAAAAUAUGUAUAAUUUAACGCAAGUAUCAAAUCCCAGACAAACUCUUAGCAGACGUAGUCCUUUAAAGCCUAUUGAAAUUUUGGAAAUUAUAAGUUUGCCAUCUUGGAAAAAACCUCCGAUUCCCGAUCCAAAACGAAAUACAGAAAAAGAUAAAAGCGUUAGCGUGAGUUCAGCAAUCUUAUCAUAUAGUGUCUGUGAAAAUGAAGAAGUGCCCCGCAAUAUAACUAAGGAUACAAGCGCGAUAUCAGACGCGGUCUACAAAAGGGCAAACCAUGAAUCCUGUGUGGAAUCAGCUGACGAGGUAAAAAUUUCGAUUUUUGGUUUCGAAGAAUUUUUAACUCAAAGUGAAAGCAUUACUGCAAACAACUUAUCUGAGUAUUGGGAACGUGACAAAGGCGAUGAAAUGGACAAAAAUAAUAAAAGUUUACAUGACAAACUUAAAGAGCUACGCAAAUGGCGGCCUGAGGAUAUUAGAACCGAGAAAAGUGUCAUUGAAAAGCAACAAAAGGAGAGCAGUUGCACCAAAUGUAUGCCAAUUUUUGAUGAAAAUCCAUGUUUCAAAGAUUUUCGCCAGAGAAAUUUAAAAGAAAUGCUAUGUUCAACUAUGAUUCCAUCUACGAGUGCUCAAGCAAUGAAGGAAGUAAGAUCAGAAAAACAGGAUCUCGAUAUAGAAUUAGAGGAACUCUUUAUGGAUCCUGAGUCUAAAUCUGAAACACACGUCCAGGAUCAUCAUCGCACUUAUGUACGAAAAAAUCCUCGAGUACGCAAUCGUCGUUGCGUUCGUUUUGCUUAUGACAUGUCGGAAAGCGAAUCCGAUGAUGAUAUUAAUAAAAAGUCUUUUAACAAGAAACAAACGAAACAUCAAUCUAAAAAAUAUAAACCAAACCAUGAAUUAAAAAAAUUCGUUGAAGAAUUUAAUAGCAUGUGCCAAGAAGUGGAACAAUACGACUUGGUAAUUGAGAAAGAAAAAGACGAACCCCUAUUGAAUUAAGUUGAAUUAAUCAUCUACUAUAACUUUUUAUAUUUAUAAUGCCUUUGAAAGGCAACCAAAUUGUACAUCCGGAAUGUGAUUU